UGGGUUGAAUUAUCCCACACCGAUCAUGGUCAAUCUUUAAUAAGCUCUUCACCGUAGAUAGCAGGCAUAAAAUAAAAUCUUAGGUGGUUCUCGCUUGUUAAUAAUAGGGGACCACUUCUUGAAGCAUGACAAGUGUUCUGACGAGCGGUCGUCACCAACGAUAUUUUUCUCCAACUCGGUCGCCGCUCUUCGUGAAAACUUUGCGAUCAGUGCCUAACAACAAUCUAUCAUCACCGAUUUUCACUGCCGCCGCAUAUUCCUGGCCAAAAAGUUCUUCUUCCGAGAAAUUUGAGGAAGCGAGAAGUUUAGUGCAGGACAGGUUUUGUUAUUUUGCCCCAAAGACUUUUUAUGGGGAACUUUUAAGUAGAAGUGUAUGGGGCAGUCAGCUUGCAUCGCCUUCAUCAAAGUUUAGCAGGCAUUUUCAAUCCGACAUGUACGGGAAGUCUUGCUCAAAGUUUAGUUUCAGUGCUAGCAGGCAUCCGAUAGUCAGAGACUGCACACAAAGUUCGAAAAAAGAAUUUGUGGAGAAGGUAUCAAUCGAGUUUGCAAACGAAAAUGCAGCGGGUGUUCCAGGGACCGGUAUGCUUAUGCGUGUCCCGCGCGUAUCUCCCUCCGAUGAUAUUUUAUGUUCAAGUCUGAAGCGUGCCGCUCGCGUGACCCCCACAAAGGGUCUGAAAGUUCCACUAUUGAAGGAGCGCAAUCGCAGCUCAAAGCAACUUGAUGCUCUUACAACUCUUCUUUGCAAGCCCCUGAGUGACUACAUAGCUGGUUUCCCGCGUUCAGAGCGGCUACAUCCUUUCGAACGCGACUUGUUAGAGCUCACUUUUCAACAUGGACAAUACCAGUCAACCCUACGUCAGAUAAACCUGCUGCGCAAGGGUUUACUUAGGAUUGGCAAACAAGAGGCAGCCCGUGCAGCGAAAGCAGGCAGCCCCAAGGAAGCAAUUGAUAUACGACUCACAGGGUUUUCAGAACUCCAACGUCACUUCAAGCGGGGAAGCCACGUCAUAGAUGAGCUCAACGAGAUAGCAAAGAUUAUUCGCAGGUUACCGGUAGCUGAGCUCCAAACUCCUAUGGUUGCACUGGUUGGUGCACCUAACGUAGGCAAAAGCAGUCUUGUAAGAGUCCUCUCGAGCGGCACACCAGAGGUCUCUAACUAUCCGUUUACAACGCGUGGCAUCAAGAUGGGACAUUUAUUUAUCGAGAACGACCGGGUCCUCGUCACGGAUACACCGGGGCUCUUGUGGAGGCCGAUUGAAAAGCUUACCAUCGCCACCCUGGAGCACUUGCCUACGUGCAUAAUUUUUAUCACAGAUUUGAGUGGGCUAUGUGGCACUUCAGUUGCUGACCAACUCUCUAUCCGGGCAGAACUGUAUGAGCGUUUCGGGCUACACCGCCCCUGGGUAGAUGUUUUGUCAAAAUCAACACUAGUUCCUGUACUAGGUGGACGCGUGUCCUCAUACUCAGAUUAUUCAUGGUCGGAUAAAAAUGACAUUGAAGCGGUAAAUACGUCAUAUUAUUUGAUUGGAGAGGGUGCAUUGGUUGCUUCUGCAGAGGAAGGUUUUGGAGUCGAGGAGCUAAGACAACUGAUUACAGACAGGCUUAUUAGCAAUCGGAAAUCUCUCUAAAGUCUUCUUGAAAAAUAAUGACCGUCGCUCUCCCUGUUUUGAUGAUUUGAAUGUUGAAUGACUCGUAGCAUUCCUACAACACUUGCUGCAAGCUAUUUGCUCGCCAUAUUAAAUGUUUUCACUGUACAAGUUUGAACACUUCAAAGUUGGCAACGUGCUCCUUUACUCUGUGGGCACUGCCAUGCCAGAAGUGGCAUCGUUCGGGGCAGUGGCAGAGUCAAACUGGUUAUCUGCAUCUUCCCUCUCUCGUAGAGAAGUCAAUGCAGUAGGUGUAUCUGCUAAAAGCAACCCUUCUAAAGCCAACGACUCGUCAUCAUCCAUUUCAAGCUCAGAACUAGGGAUCGCAGAACUAGGAAUCCCACUUGACACCUUGACUGCGUCCAGAUGGCCGUAUUUCUUUGGUAUGUCCUCGCUCGAUCGCGUGGAAUCGUUAGCUACAGGUUUAAUGGUGUCUGCUUCUUUCUUACUGCGCCGCUCUAACUUACGCUUCGUUGCAUGAAACCGAUUCUUGAUAGCAUUUGGUGAGCGACCUGGCAUCAAUCGUGCUAAUACAGCCCACUGAUUACCAACAUGCGCCUGUAGUUCAAUGAGCCUCGUCUGUUCAUCUCUAGACCAUGGUUUUGUGGUCAAUCCAGGCUGAAGAUAAUCCCUCCAACGUGCAUACACCUGUUUCUGCGUCUUUGUUUUUAGUCGCGUUGCUAUAAGC